GCAGCGACAGCUACAAAUGCAACAGCAGCAGAUAGCGGCUCAGCAGCAGCAGCAUGCUAGCAACACCACUCCACAGCAUAUCACUCCUCAGCAACUCCCUCAGCAGCUUCCACAGCAGCUUCCACAACAACAUCCCCAGCAGCCAGUCAUCCCGUUUAAGAUAUCCCCCCAUGAGUUUUAUAAGACGUUAUCCGAUUUAAUGGUACGACGUAAUACACCAAUCCCCCCUCAGAUACUCACUUGGCCCCCUCAGCCAAAUGGUGGUAAGGGUGAACUUCCAUUAGGUAACAAGACCAUAGAUCUAUAUAAACUUUUCGGUGUCGUCAUUCAACUCGGUGGCUCAGCUAAGUUGCAGCGAGAACAGCAGUGGCCUCAGGUCUUGCAGAUACUCCAGGUUCCAUUACAGUACAACAACGUCAAUGUUCUAAACCAGACAAUGAGUUAUUACUUUCAUUUAUUACAACCGUUUGAGGAAUUAUACAUUAAAAUGUUUAUCGCUAGACGCCAACAUCAGGCCCAACAAGCUCAACAACAAGCCCAGCAACAUCAAGGUCAGCAGCAGGCACAAGCUCAAUUACUGCAGCAGCAAUUACAGCAGCAGCAACAGAGACAACGUGAAGAGCAAAUCCAAGCACAGGUGCAGGCCCAGGCUCAAGCACAGCAGGAGCAACAGCUUAGAGAGCAACAAUUGAGAGACCAACAGGCAGCCGCAUUGAAGCAACAACAACAACAGCAACAGCAACAGCAGCAAUAUCAGCAAUUCCAACAACAACAAGCUCAAUUGCAACAGCAACAGCAACUCCAACAACUUCUGGCUGAGUCUAGCACACCACAACAACAUUUUUCACCCACACCUCACAAUCAGUCACCCUACAUGCCUCCACAGCAGAUGCGGAUGUCUAAUACUCCACAGCAAACUUCAGUACACCUCCCGCAACAAUCUCCACAUAUUGGUGUCAAUAGCCCUCAUGUGAGAGCACAAGCUGCUACACCAAUCAUACCAGUUCAGUCACCAGCGUCACAGACUCAACCACCUAGGUCAGAAAGUCGAACCCAUUCAAGGCAGGCCUCAGGCCAAUUCCAGCCACCACAGGCAACACAGCAACAAUUGCAACAACAGCAACAACUACAACAACAAUUACAGCAGCAACAACAAUUACAACAACAGCAGCAAUUACAACAGCAACAACAGCAGCAACAGCAGCAACAACAACAACCACAACAGCACCUUCCGCAGCCGCCACAGAUUAAAAAACAGAAAGCACCACCUACACGUCAAAAAGGAGAUACUUAUAUACCAUACAAGAGGUCAAUCAAUACUUACGGAGGUUUGAAUAUGGAUGAAUUUGAAGAUGAGCGUGCGAUUAAUAAGGCUAUGAUAACUCCACGUUCAGUGAAUGAGUUCAGAGAUGUCGAGAUAUCGAAAUUGAUUCUCUCACUCAGAAGUAGACUCAAUUUCGAGUUGAGUCACGCCCUCGUCUGUUUGACCCUCCUCUCGACUUCAAGUUUAGUUCCGGAAAUAGCAUUAGAAAAAUCUGAAGAGUUGUUCGAGGAACUUUUGGAAUUACUCGUAGAUGAAUCUAAAACAGGAGAUGUUCAAUUUAAUUCGCACCCUCUCGAAAAAAUAAUGACAAGACAGAUGGAUUUACAUAAGCAAGUUUGUCAAAUGGGCUCUAACCUCCAACCGGAGAAGGACAUCAAUGAUUCUUAUCCAUGCACGACACCAAUUAAUAAAAUACUCUAUGUUACCAAUAUAAUUCGCAAUCUAUCAACAACUACUUGCAAUCAUGGUAUAAUAGCCAAUUCAAGUACUUUAAUUAGAUCUUUGUUACUUAUUUCUGAUUGGAGAGAUAAUGAUAUGGCAACACCACUUGAGGUUUUCCAAGUUAGGAAUGAUACUUUGCAGAUAAUUUCACAUGUUGCUAGAUCACUCGAUUUGUCCAGACAUUAUUCAGCCUCAGAUAUUGUUCGGACGAUGUUCGAUUUCUUUCUCGGUUAUUUAGCAAAUAGGGAUGAACAGGAGGCUUACCCAGCUGGGUUCCCUAUUAGUAGGAGUAACAUGUUGGCAUAUCUACCACCAUACGAAGCUGGUGUACCAUACUGGAAGGACCUUGCAAUUGAAUCAGCAACAGUGAUCUCAACACCUGAAUCUAAUCGUGAAAUAAUAGCAUCCUCUCUGAGUGAAGAGACGAAAUCAGUUUAUAUAGAUGAACUACUCAAGUUGAUACCGCAGUUUGAUAAGGAAUUUCAUCUGCUUAACACGGAAUCAACGUUAGCACAUAUGGAGAGAUUGAGUAUGGCAUUAUACAACUUUGUUAAGAUUUCACCUAAAUCUCUCUUGAGUAAGCUAAGAGAGGAUAGCGAAUUCAAGGAGAGGUUAUUUAGAGUUAUAACCAGGUUGGCAUUCAUGAAUAGAUCCGAAUGGGAGAGGAAUCCAUUCCAUGUUGUUAUACGACGUACAAUUGAAACACUUAGACUUGUCAAUGAUCUUGGUGUGGAUGAUACCGCUAGCGAAGAGGAUGGAAUGGAGAUUAUGUACGGCUUUGGUAGUUCAGGCGAGGCAAUUAUCAAAAAUCCAGAAGUUGACCAUGCAACUAAAAAGACAAAAGUAAGAAGAGGUUUACUCGCUGAUCGAAUGAUUGAGGUGCAAUCUCUUUUACUUAUUCCAUUUAUAGAUAGAGUUUCCUUCCAUGAUCUCGAACGACUGAUAGAAUUAGGCUAAUUUGUUGUUAAAUUUAAUAUUCUGAUGUAUCACUAUAGUAUAUAAAAUAAAAAUUGUACAC